AUGCCCACCUCCCUCCAGUUGCAGAUGAACAGUACCACGAACCCCUCGGCUAUUAAGGCGUUGUACAAUUCCAUCACUUUCAUUUGCAUCGGACCGCUUUUGCAGGACGUACCGGAGGUGGACGUUAGCGUCCCGUUCACGGGUGAGGGGAAUGACACGGAUUUCGUAGAGCUGAUGCAUGGGUUCCGGGAUCCGCAGGCGGGAGAGAAAAAGCCUCUCUUCCUCCAAGCAAUGGCCUCCACGGGUCUAGCGGCGCCCGCACGCUUCUCCGAUGCCGGCACAAUGAGUAGGCAGGAGCUGCGCGCAAGGCUGUUCGACACCCUGCGCUCCGCUGGCGUCGCUGACAAGCUAAAGUCUCAACUCCGCGCCAAAAUAGUAGCAGAACUCAAAAUGCGCGUCCACGCAAACCCGCCAAGCCUCCCACCCGCACACGGUCUCGCGCACCCAAAAGCAUUCGGAAACCCGCUCUAUGCAGAUCCGUCCCUACAGCAACCCAGCGGCCGGCUGUUGUACCAGGUUCUGGAUAAUCUGGUGCAGGGGUAUUUGAAGCAUCGCGGGUUUGAUUUCACGCUGUCGGUGUUUUUGCCGGAGAGUGGAUUUGUUGGUUCGAGUUCGAGUGGGAUAUUGUCGGACGAGGAUGUGAUGCAGGCAUUGCAUCUGGACCAACGGACCCCAUUCUAUCGGCAACUACGCGACUUAAUGGAGCAGCCCUCCAACCGUCUUCAUGACCACAGCCGCACAGAAAACAAAGCAGCACUCCUAGUAAACCUCAUCGCUAGCUUGGUUCGCCUCGGCGACCUCCAACCGGUCUCCCAGUCCACCCAAACCGACCAUUCACCCCUCGAUACCCUCGAAUACCGCCUAAAAGACGCCGACAAACACGCGGAGAUGAAAUCCCAACACCAAACCAAACUGCACACCCUCGCCCUCGAAGAGCGGAUGCUACGAUACCAACAAGAUCUGGACGCCCGAACGAACCGCGAGAUGGAGCAGCGGCUGACGGAGUUUCGUGGCGUUGAGCUUGUGCAGAUGCGGAUGGAGGAACGAAAACGAUAUGAGGCGGAGAUCAAGACUUUGCAGGCGGGAUUUGAACGGCAGAAGGCGGAAUUGCAGGAGAGGGUUUUCGUGGCGGUGGAGGAGGAGAGGAUGAGGAUGGCGGAACGUGAAAAGCAAAUCACCGAACAAAACACUGCACUCCGUCAACGCCUCCUCGAAGAAUCCAACAUUGCCGUGAUGAAAGAGACCACUCUCCGCACGCAGGCUGAUCUUGCCGCGCAGCAGGUCCGGCUGGAGCGUGAUGCUUUGCAGAGACGGUGUGACGAGGCGCAGAGGGAGGUGGAGAGUUUGAGGGGGUUGAGGGUUGUGUUUGAGGAGAGGGUUAAGGGCUAUGGCAAACACUCCAGUGAAGAACACCACCAAAACUCAACCACCAUCGAAAUCGAGCGUGCUAGACUCGAUGCCGACCGCCGUCACCUCCAAGAAAAACUAGAUCAACAUAAUCGCGAGAUGAUACAUGCGAGAACAGACGCGGAGGACGCACGUAAGCAGCUUGCAGAGGCCAGGGAGCUUAUCAGGGGCUUGCAGGUGCAGAAGGGUGGUGCGGUAGAGGAGGGGAAGGUUUUGACGGAUCUACAACCGAACAUGGUAUCCCUUCGAGCCGAGCUGCAGAAAAUCACGCGAGAACACACGAAAGCCGAAAAGGCCGCAUUACAGCGAAAAGAAGAGGUGAAGAAAGAACUAGCAAAGUACCGCCGUUCCGAGCAACGGUGGCAAAGGGAGUGUCAGGGGUUGGUUAUGAAGCUUGAUGCGGAGAUCAACCGCAACGAACACCUAACCCGCAAAAACGAAGAAAAAACCCUCACCGUGAAACAGAUGCGCCGCGAGACAGCUGAGUUGAGGUUGUUGUUGCAUCAUACCCGUGAAGCACUCGACAGCAAAUCACUUCCGGACGCUUACCCGCCCAUAACAACCACACUAAUAAACCACCGCUCACACCCCGAAAUCGACUCCUACGCUCUAGAUUUCACCUACGACACGUUCCGCCCCCUAACAGCCCCCUCACUGACUUUUGAUACGCAUCGGGAUCCGCACCGACGCGUGGUACCGAACGUCGAGGAUGUCUUGACGAGGGCGUCGAGUCCACGGAGAGGGUUGAGUCCACAGAGAGGUGGUGGUGAAGGGGGUCGUUGGGGCGAGGCGUAUGUACCGAGGUUGGAUUCGGAGGUGGUGGCGAGGAUUGACGCGGGGGCGUUGGGGUUGGUUGUUUUCGAUGGGGGUGACGGGGGUGUGGGCAAGGGACUGGACGCGGUUGAGGGUGUGCGAGGCGGGAGUGAUGCUGUGCGGGAUGACGGGGGUGUGCGUGCGGCGACUGUGGCGCCGUCGUCUCGGCUUACGACAAUGGAUGCGGAUGAUGUGGGAGUGUCUCGUCUUGGCACAAGUUUGAAACAGUCUGCGGACAUACGCAAUCAGGAGGAAGACACUCAGCGUAGGAAACGGGAGGAUGUGGCGCGCCGUGAGCGGGAGGAAGCCGCGGCUGCUGACCAACGUCGCAAUGAAGCGGAUGUCCACCAGAAGCAACGACAACAAGAACAAGAGCGCCAAGAACAAGAACUCGACCGCCAAAAACUCGAAUCCGAAGCCGCAGCCCAAACCCUCGCCUUCGAAGCCCAAAGCCGUGCCGCAGAAGAAGCCGCCGCAAACGAAAGAGAGGAACGCACCCGUCUCGCCCUUGAAGCCGAAGCCGAACAAAAGCGGGCCCGCGAACAAGCCGAAGCAGAGAAAGAAGAACGCGACCGUCUAUCCCGUCUCGCCCUCGAAUCCGCGCAAAUCGCCAAACGGCUCGCCCGACAACAGGAACUGGAUGAGCUGGACCGGAAGGAAAGGGCGAGGGAGAGGGAGUGGGGGGAGAGGGAGAGGAGGGCUGCUGGGGGUGUUGGGGCUGUUGGGUCGGGUGGGCGGGGUAGUGCGGGGGGUGUUGGGCGUGGGGAUGUGGAGGAUAAUCGUAGACAGGCCGGAGGGGACGAUGCCACCACCCCCACGAAAGACGAUCAACCACAACCGCAACCAAUCCCCAAAGAAUCAGAAACAGACCGCAAACUAGCCGAAGCAGAACAAGACCCGGAUCUGCAGCGGUUUGUGGAGAUGGUUAAGCGGCGGAGGGCGGAGAAUGCUGCUGCUGCUGCUCCAGCUUCAGCUUCGGGUGACACUGGCGGUGGUGGUGGUGCGGCGGCGGCGGGUACGCAGAAGGAGAAAGCAGGCCCCUUAUCGGCUGAUAUGGGUGGGGACACGAAACCAGUGGCAUCGUCGUCGGUUAAGGGGCAGGUGGAAGAUUUUAUGAAAGCUAUUGAUGCGUCCUCAGCCUCAGCCCUCCUCUCCAGCACCCGUUCCUCCAUCUCCGGGCUUGGGUUUGGGGUGGGGGAUACGGAGGAUGAAGUCAGCGCUCCGGUGUUUGAUGAGACCUCCGAUGAUGAGGAUCCGUGGUGAAUAUGUCGGCUUUUCGAGUAUGGGUCGCGGAGCGGGGUUUCGGCACCGGCUGGCUUGUGUGCGUGUGUGCGCACAUUAUACCCUUCUUUUGGCUGGCCACAUGGGGUGCGAGGCAGAACAGAUGUGGAGAGAAUGGACACGUUGGGACCUUGGCUUUGACGAAUGUACCAUACCGGUGUUGUGUAGGGUAUCAAACCUUGUUGUAUAUUUUUAUGUGUCAUGUACCCAUCUAUCUAUUCUAUCUUAGAAGCAUGUAAAUUAUGAACCCGACUCGAUGUAUACAAUAAUGACAUACGGAUACUGUAGUUGGUGAUGAUA